AUGCCUGGCGAAUCUGGGUUUCGCUUAUUUUUUAGAGCUUCUUCUUUUGCUCUGCGAAGUUUCUGCUUCAUUCACAUUAUACAUUCACAUGUCUACGAGUUCACGGAAACUCGAGGUGAAUCCAUGCUCCCGACACUAGCAGCGACAAGUGACUAUGUACAUGCACUCAAGCGAUAUAGCAAUGGCAGAGAUUGCAAGAUCGGUGAUUGUAUAAUAGCAGCAAAACCCACAGACCCACACCAGCGUGUGUGUAAACGAAUAACCGGAAUGCCUGGGGACCUGAUCUUGGUCGAUCCAAGCAUGGGCUCAAAUGUUUCUCAAACAGACGAAGAUUACGACGAUCAUUUCAAUUCAUUCAUUAAGGUUCCCAAGGGCCAUGUGUGGGUCACGGGCGACAAUCUAUCGCAAUCGCUCGAUUCAAGAACUUACAAUUCUUUGCCGAUGGGGCUGAUCAAAGGGAAGAUAGUCGCAGCCAAUGAUCUUAAUGAGCCGUUCUGGGGCGGAAAGUAUGGCAGUUUGUGGGGUUUCCGCAAAAUUAACAACAUUUAUAUAGACGAAAGGUAG